GUAAAAGUCCAUCAUUGACGCCCAAAAUGAGAAGGAAUAUUAAAGAAAAAAAUGGAGAUGGAUCUUGUAUUGGACUGAAUUUAAACAUUUUAUCACGUUCCGUUUUGUUGUACGUUAAGAAGACUUAAGGUAUGAGUAACGGUUUCCAUGAAGUCUGUUUCCAUGGCGACGCUGUGACUAGGUAGCGUUUCCCACAGUGAGCUGCAGCCUAGCAUUUCAGCUCGGGGAUGAGUAGUUUGUACUUUACCGUUAUAAUGGACAUGUGUCCUAUAGUUGGUGUAUAACCAGUUUAUAUCUUUAAUUGUAUGGCUGCCCCAACAUGAUGACGUUCCAGGUUAACGCAUCGCUACCCACCGCAAAGGUUUUAUUAUCAGAGGGAAGCUCAAAUUGCAGCAAGCGCGGCCCUGAUGCGGCUGGAUAUCCAGCAUACAGGAACUUCGGGAUGGGAGCAGGUGGAAGACAAGCAGCCCUCAGGCAAAAUUAUCAUCUAAGGAGGACAUUUCCUGUGAUACAACCCUUGAGCAAGUCCAAGGAUUGGAAAGCCUUGGUUAGCAGCUUCAUAGUUGGAGGGUCACCUAACUUAGCCAAAGAUGACAAACUGGAGUCAGACAACAAUGACCUGGAGAAGGACAUCACUGGGAGACACUUUCUUUUUGAUAAGAAAUGUACAAGGUUAGAGAGGACCAGAACUGUGAUUCCUCCACUGCCAAGAGACUACCAUGUGCACAGACCUGGCAACCUGCAUCCCUACAGCCACUCCAAGGAGAUUUCCCACAGCCAUGCUGGGCGGCCCUUCACCCUGGGCUACCCUGAAAGAUAUGAUCUGAAUACAAGUCCAGCCAUCCUCUUCCCCUCCACUUUAGUCCUCAACGGCAGAAACACCUUCUCAGUUGAGAACUGCAAGCUCAGCAGGCCUAAGGUGAAUUAUCCAACCCACAACCUACCGACUGUUAAAGACAAUCAAAAGAGCCAGUCCUAUCCAGACCCAAUAGUCGGAGCCUCUCGCUCUUUUAUCCACAGGAUAUCUGAGCUGUCCUCUUUGGAAGGUGAGACGGUGAGACAAGAAAAGCUCAAGAAAAUGAGGAAACCUAGGAAACCUCCAUCCUGACAGUCACCUUCUUCCCAGUCACACCGGUUAAGGAUCAAAACCUUCGAGUCUGUGCCAACGGCGUCUGAACAAAAUAAAACAUUCAGGGCGCCAUGUUCAUUUCAGUGGCUUGUUCUCACUGCUUGUUUGUCUUCAGUGAUAUUAGUUUCCUGCUUAACAUGGCUGAUCUUCACAUUUUGGGAUUCCUGACCUGAGCUCCUCUCUUUUAGUGAUUACAUAUACUGUGGUAAAAUGCAGCGUUUGGUACAACAAUAAAUGCUGAUGAUGAAUAUUGUUAAAUAUUUUCUAUCCUGCCUCACAGCUGUCAGUAGUUUUCCACUCAACAUCUGCAAGAGAAUUAUUUUACGUCUCUAAUGGCUUGUAAUGGCUGUUAUGUAAUACUGCCAUAUUUCUCGCUGAUUCAUCGAUAUGUUGAUGUUGUCAAGCUCGGAUCACAUUACAACAGUGUUUCAAAAUUGCAGAUAUAUACUAAUUAAGCUUUGUUAAGUAAGUGAAAUGUAUAUAUAGCCUACAUCUUAAAUAGUUACGCAAAACCAUGAUUGUGCCUUGUUAAACGUCUUCCUGAACUUAAAUAAAUUUAUUUUUGUUAACGUUA